AGCGAGUGGUAGCAAGCAGUGAGUGGUAGUAGUGAUUAAUAUUGCUUGAUUUUAAACACUUGUAUACAUGUUAGUAACAAUUUAAUAAAGAUAUAAGUAUUUCACUAAAACGUUUACAAUCCCAAGAAUAAACAAAACUUUAAAUAUAAUGCCGUUGGCAACUCUAACGGCUCCUUGGACCGAGCAUCGUACAAAUGAAAAGCAGAGUACAGAGAUUCUUCCAGCUGAAAAUCAAGAAGAAACAAUGAUCACUCAAGGAAAUUUAAUUGAAAGAGCAAACGGUUGCUCGGAAUCUCAUGAAAUUGAAGUACGCGAUAUGACAAGGGAUGGUUAUGAGAAAGCUGAACCUUCUCACUUUGAAUUAUUAAAAGUCCUUGGCCAAGGAUCCUUUGGCAAGGUAUUUUUAGUAAGAAAAGUUGUUGGAAAAGAUAGUGGAACUUUAUACGCUAUGAAAGUUCUAAAGAAGGCAACCUUAAAAGUUCGUGAUAGAGUUAGAACCAAAAUGGAAAGAAACAUAUUGGUAGAUGUGGAACAUCCAUUUAUUGUCAGGCUGCAUUAUGCAUUCCAAACCGAAGGAAAACUUUAUUUAAUUCUAGAUUUUCUAAGGGGUGGUGAUCUCUUUUCCAGAUUGUCUAAGGAGGUAAUGUUUACAGAAGAUGACGUUAAAUUUUAUUUGGCUGAACUAGCACUUGCAUUGGAUCAUAUACAUAAACUCGGAAUAAUUUAUCGAGAUUUAAAACCUGAAAACAUUUUAUUGGAUACAGAAGGCCAUAUAUCUUUGACAGAUUUUGGCUUGAGCAAGCAACCUUUAGAUGAUUCAAAAGCAUAUUCAUUUUGUGGCACUGUUGAAUAUAUGGCACCAGAAAUUGUCAAUAGAAAAGGACAUACUUUUGCAGCAGAUUGGUGGAGUUUUGGUGUUUUAAUGUUUGAAAUGCUAACAGGCGCUCUUCCAUUCCAAGGUACAAAUCGUAAAGAAACGAUGACGCAAAUCUUGAAAGCUAAACUUGGUAUGCCGCACAAUCUUUCAUCAGAAGCACAAGCACUUUUAAGAGUGUUAUUCAAAAGGAAUCCAGUUAAUCGCCUUGGAUCUGGUGGAGUGGAAGAGAUUAAAAGUCACGUUUUUUUUACUACCAUUGAUUGGGACGCUCUUUAUAAAAAAGAAAUAAGGCCACCAUUUAAACCGGCUGUCAGGGAGGACGAUGCAUUUUACUUUGACAGUGAAUUUACCUGUAAAACGCCUAAAGAUUCUCCUGGAGUACCACCUAGCGCAAAUGCUCAUGAAUUAUUUCGCGGAUUCAGUUUUAUCGCACCCUGUUUACUUACGGAUACGGAUCAUGUUAUAUCUUCUGAAUAUAGGCACUAUGAUAACAUUAGUGCUAUUUUUCCAACCUAUGUUAAUCCUGUUUCUGUAACUGACGAAUAUGAAUUUAAACAUGAAAUUGGCAGAGGAAGCUACAGUGUGGUAUAUUUAGCCGUUCAUAUAGCAUCCAAGAUGGAGUAUGCUGUAAAGGUGAUUGAGAAAUCGAAACGAGAUCCGACAGAGGAAAUAGAAAUUCUACUACGAUACGGUAGGCAUCCUCACAUUGUAACGUUGAGAGCGGUUCACGAAGACGAUAAACGAGUUUAUCUGGUAUUGGAACUUUUACGCGGUGGUGAACUCCUCGAUCGUUUGCUACAGAGACAGAAUUUCACCGAAAGGGAAGCUGCCGAGGUUAUUUACACUGUUACAAGUGUGGUGCAUUAUCUUCAUGAGAACGGAGUUGUUCAUAGAGACUUGAAGCCAUCAAAUAUUCUGUACACAAAAUCUGGCGGUGAUCCCACAACACUUUGUAUAUGUGACCUUGGCUUUGCAACACAAUUACGAGCGGAGAAUGGUUUAUUAAUGACGCCCUGUUACACAGCUAACUUUGUAGCACCCGAAGUGUUGAAACGCCAAGGGUAUGACGCAGCAUGUGACAUUUGGUCACUUGGAGUUUUAUUGUACAUUAUGCUAGCUGGAUACACACCCUUCCGUAAUAGUCCAGGAGAUAGUGCCAGCGAUAUAUUAGAUCGUAUUGGUUCAGGAUAUAUAGAUGUGGAGAGUGGGAUAUGGUGUCAAAUUUCCAAUGAAGCUAAAGAAUUAGUUAAGAGAAUGUUGCACUUGGAUCCUACUCGAAGACCUACGGCGACUAUGAUUUUAAAAUAUCCAUGGAUUGUAAAUCGACAUCGUAUCCCUCCAAAAGCAUUGCCAGAUGUUAUUAAGGAUCCACAUAGCCUGAAGAUGGCAGUUGCAGAGACAUACCGAGUAAUAGCAAGUAGCCCAAGAUCACCGCAUAUUGGUCCCGUGGUUAUGUCCGAAUUGGCACGUCGUAGGACACAAGGCAAAUCUAGUGGUCUUACCCAAGUUUAACUUUAAUAUCUCUUUUACAGAUUAACUUUUAUCUCAAGAUAAAAGAUAUUUAGGAAAACGAAAUCAUGUUUUAAAGUACAAGUAGCUUAAAGUGCCCAUAUUGUAAAUGACAUUAAUAUCAUCGUGGAAAGUAUAUAACAGAACAUUUAUGACAGU